AUGCGAAGCCGCCGACGGGCGCGACGGCUCGGUGCAGUCGCGGGUCUGGUGUCUGUCCUCUCUCUCGUGCGCACUCAGACGGUCUGUCCUUUAGCCCUAGAGCACAACGGCCACUUUCCACAUGAAGUGGAUACCGACAAUGUUUGGGGAUCGCGUCCGGGGACCUUCCUGUUUUCCGGGCCGAAUCGACAGACUGCGCCUUUUUCGAGUCCUCCUGCAUCGCUCGCACGCAUCUCGCUUCUGUCCUUGGCAUUCCAUCCUCUUCCAUUUUCUCGCGGCGCACCCCCUUCGGGCGGUGCCGUGAACGGUCUCGGCGACGGAGGCGCCGCGCAGCGCCGUUCUCGGGCACAGUGUGCAGGCCGUCGGAGCGCGGAACUUCUCUUCCUGCCUCCGCAACUCGUUGCAUGCGGACUGUCAACGUGCCGACGCACACAGCGAGGUGCGCCAGCCGCGGGUGUGCCUGGAGGGAGUGGGGGCGGCCUGUGGGGUCCCAGAGCGAAACUCGAAGGGUCGGGGGCCUCUGCUGCCACGUCGAGGCUGUGCACUAGCUCAUCUGGCUCGUCUCUCCUGGGAGUUCGCGGCAGCCUCUUGGUUUGUUCUUGCCCAUCCCCGUCCGAGGUGCCACCGUCAAGCUCGUCUGCUCUCUUCGUGAAACGCCGACCCACGGCCCCCACCUCGAUCGCUGAAGACGAAGAGACUGACGAGCAGUUCACUCCGGACCCAGCCAAAGUGCGGAGUCGCUUCGGCUCCUUGACUGAGCCGGGGCCUUUCCCAGAACCCCCCCCUGAGUCUCCCUACUGGCCAUCCCGGCCGGCAAAACGCGUGACUCCCGUCCCGGCGAAGCUUCCCAGAUGGCACCCGCGGUCGCCCUUCCCGACGCUAAAGCCGCGCGGCCCGCUUUACCCGGAGAAUCCACGGAGAAUCCGACCACCGAAACACCGACAAUUCAAAGGCGCCGCACCGCCGCCUACCGAGCUGCCGCCCCCCCCCACAGAACUCAGGCGCGACUUCCGGACUUGGGUCCGCGAUGAACGCUACGAGUAUCCGCAGUUCACGACAAUCCAGGCGAGCAUCAGAUACAGGCGAAGGCUGAAACGGUCUUCCCGCAAGCUGGACUGGAGGCUGAAGAGCCUGCAAAAUCGCCGCAUGUAUUUCGCAUGGCGACGAAAUAUGCGAGACCAGGAAACGCAUCGCUGGCUACGUGAGAAGGAGCGGUGGUCGCUUCUGGCUGCUCGCUACUGGAAAAACCAGUAUGCACUUCAGGCGCAGAGGUGGAUAUCUGCAGACGACACACGAGACACACAUGCAGUGUCUGCAGACAGAGGCUUGGGCAGAAACCAGCAGAGAGAGGAAGAUGCGGAUGGGUUUGAAGAAGCAGCGGGUUCGGACGUUGAACAGGAUGCAGAGCAAAGUGAAGAGGGAGGGAGCGGAGCAAGCCAGGGGGAAGGCCAGAGAGCGCGAGCAAGCAGUCGCUCCGGACCUAUCCGUGGGUCGGGGGCGCCGGAGACCCGCCCGUUUGGUCUUGGAGAAGACAAAGCAGAAGACAUUUUGCACUUCGCUGACCCAGACGCGCUUGCCGAGGUUGUGCAAAGCGGCUACCGCCUUCCUCCCAUGACGGCUUGUGUCGCAGAUUCGCCAAUACCUUGGUGGGCGUCUGCGAAAGGCCAGCACAAGUGGCGAGGGAGAAAGACGGCAACCAAUAUCCAGAGUCGGUGGGUGAAUUGGGCAAACCCGAGACGAGAGGUUGAAGCUGUCGUAGCGGGGCGGCUGCUCAGGAGGCAAGGCAGAAUUCUUCGUCAUUUGCGAGAGAAGGGGAUUGAACUGAGGGAACGCCUAAGGCGCGUAGAAAUCCCAGGCGACGGAAAGACAGCAGUGCGGACAGAAUUCAGUGCGGAAGAAGAGAACGGCGAUUCACUGUCAAGCCUACUGGAGACAGAAGGUGGAGAAACGUCUUUCGUGCGUGCUGCAUGCUCGGACACAAAUGCAGCUGAGGGCGAAGAUGUUCCUCGCACCGACGCCGGCGCGUCGGAAGAGCACAGACAAGCGCAUACAGUCGCUAGAGGAGAGCUCACGGCGGAUGCGAGGAGACUCAGGGCAAUCGAGGCGGCGAUGGACGUCGCGAUGAUGCUCGGCCAGAGCGUGGUAACAAAGACGUCAGGAGCCUCUGUUCCAUAUGACGUGCGCAGUCCGUUCAUGCGGUCGCACACGUCGUCACGGAGGCGACGAAUGCGCAUGCGGGGCCGACUGAAGGACUCAGACCAGAGAAACAUGACGCGCCAACAGAGGCGGCUAGAUAACUUUGCACGUCGCCAAGCAGCUGCGGCGGAAAAACGCGCAGCCAUAAAAGAAGCCAGGAGGAAGGCGUGGCAAGAGAGAACGGCCUCGGAACUGGGAGAGAGUUCGCUUCACGGAGGAGAACUUUAG